ACGGGGAUGAGGAAGAAGAUUUACGUCUGUUAUUGUUGGAUUCGUGCUAGCCAGCUAGCAGUAGAUUUAUAUCAGAAAUAACAAUUACGUUAGUUCAUACCGGCCCAAUGCACGUGAUUUGAAGCAAGUUGACUAAUCACACCGUAAAAGGUAAACGGGAGGGGACCAUCUGUGUGAACAGAAAUGCAGGCAGGCGCUGCUCCUGGGGUAGGUCCACAAAUUGGAGCAGCUGGACCCCAGAGCCGAUCAGAGGAUGAGGAGUCUAUGGGGGUGAAAGAUGUUAAAAGAACAGCAACACAAGCAUUUGUCUGUGGUGGGGGGGGCGGAGUGCCUAAACGCAGAAGUUCCUCCAGGUCAAUCAAGAGGAAGAAGUUUGACGAUGAGUUGGUGGAGAGCAGCCUGGUUAAAUCAACGACUAGAAUCAAGGGCCCUCCGAUUAUAGAACCAAUUCGCUGCUCUACGAGUGAACCCUCCUCUAAUGAGAAGAGAAAGGUGUCUAAGGCCAGUACUCUCACCCCACCACUCACCAUGGUGAUAACCCCCCCAGCCAUUACCAAAAGGGUAAAGAAAAGCAAGCAGCCUCUACAGAUUACUAAAGACCUUGGCCGCUGGAAACCCACUGACGACCUGCUACUUAUCAAUGCUGUACUACAGACUACAGACCUAACCUCUGUUCACCUCGGAGUGAAGUUCAGCUGUCGGUUCACCUUGAGGGAAAUCCAAGAGAGGUGGUACGCUCUUCUCUACGACCCUGUCAUCUCAAAACUGGCAUGGCAGGCGAUGCGACAGCUCCACCCUGAGGCCAUUUCUGCAAUCCAGAGUAAAGCUCUCUUCAGUCAGGCCGAGGAGGUUCUGCUGGCAAAAAUUGGCUCAACCAGUCAGCCCAAACUCGAGGUGUUCCAGGAGCUUCUAAGUAAACACCCUAGUGUGUUCUACCCCUCACGCACACCAAAGAGCCUGCUGGUGCAUUGGCAGCUACUCAAACAGUACUACCUGCUGGAGGACCAGAGUGUCCAACCUCUCCCUAAAAGUGACCAGGUCCUCAACUUCUCAGAUGCUGAACAGAUGGUUGACGAUGCAAAGCUAAAGGAGAGUAGGGAUGAAGUGCUGGAGCACGAGCUGAUGAUCUCUGAUCGCCAUCAGAAAAGGGAGAUCAGGCAACUGGAGCAGGAGUUACCACGCUGGCAGGUCUUGGUAGACAGCAUCACAGGAAUGAACUCCCCAGACUUUGACAACCAGACACUAGCAGCGCUUAGAGGACGGAUGGUCCGGUAUCUCAUGAGGUCACGAGAGAUUACUCUGGGCAGGGCCACAAAGGAUAAGCAGAUAGAUGUAGAUCUGUCACUGGAAGGACCUGCCUGGAAAAUAUCAAGAAAACAAGGGAUCAUUAAGCUGAAAAAUAACGGGGACUUCUUCAUUGCCAAUGACGGACGUAGACCCAUCUACAUAGACGGCAGACCAGUUCUGUCUGGCAACAAGUGGAAACUUAACAACAACUCAGUAGUGGAGAUCGCAGGUCUUCGCUUUGUAUUCCUGAUCAACCAGGAGCUGAUCUCACUCAUCAAAGCAGAAGCAGCCAAGAUGAACCAGCAAUGAGAGCCUCACUUCAGUUGAGGAAGUUAAAUGCGGGACACUCGGAUGUCUAGGUCCAGCAUACUCUUUCAUAUAGACUAACAGCACACAAUGGCCUUCCUGAGACACUGUGUGCCAUCACGCCUCAUCAGACCUGAAAUUAAGAAUCCUUGUAGCCAUUGCCGCAUCAGGGAAGAUAAUCAGGACACUAACAUGGACGUUGAGAACAGAAACAACUUAAAACUUUGGUUUACACAAGUCUUUUGGAUGUGUACAGUAUUUCAGUAAAACCACACAUACACCCAUAUAAUGCUUUCAAUUAGCACCAGACUGGGUAAUAGUUUUUUUUUUUAUGGUUUAGAUUGGGAUUCAGACCGAGGUCCAUUGUGCCUGUGAGAUGCACUCCUUUAAGAUGGUUAAUUUUAUCCUUGUAGGAUUUUUCAGGUUGUACUAAUGCAAGGAUAAAUUAGUAGAUUACAACCAGAAUAGAUAAUUGCUUGUACUGGAAGUGGAAUUGUGCGUUUCUGUUUGUGUUGCUUAAGCCAAAUCCGUGGACAAGUUUAACCCCACUUUAAUUUUGUAUUACGGUGUUGAAUAAAAAGUGUUUAAUUGUAUACUUA